UUUAGACGUCAAUUUGACAACUGUAUUCAAUCUAGCCGUAACCUCAUCUAAAACGCAAAUGGUUCUAUCUGUGAGCAAAUCAUAGACACUGUGCAUCACCGUAAACGUUCCCCCUGUCAUUUUAAAGAUGGUGGAAGGUAGUUCUACAACUGUCAUGUCGGGCGGUAGAAAGCCCCGUUCUGUGGCAAACCCUCUGGAAUCCGCGAUCACCACACCCAGUGAACGAAUCUUGAGAGAAUGCCACAAUUUAUAUAUCGACAGCGAAAACGGGCUGGUGAAGAUAUCAAGCCGACUGGGUCUCCGGCUCCUUCCUCCACGGAAGAAGAUCAUUGUGAUGAUAAUGGGGAACCACUCUGCUGGAAAAAGCUCAUUUAUUAAUUGGUAUGUGGAAGAACAUAUACAGAAAACAGGCGUUGCCAUAGAAACGCAGGGAUUUACGUUUAUAACAAGUGGUCGGAAAAGAGAAUCGCUGACGGGAAAUGCCACGCUCCAUCUCUACCCCCAUUUCCGACCACUCCUGGAGUUUAAAGGUGUUACGGACUAUCUGUCGGCUGAGAUCUCCACCUCCAAGCAGAAGAAGUUUAGUCUGGUGACGUUCGUGGACACACCGGGCCUGGUGGAUGGGGACAUGGUCUAUCCCUUUGAUGUCAACCGCGCGAUCACCUCGUUUGGGGAGCAGGCGGACCUGGUCUUUGUGUUCUUCGACCCUAUGGGCCAGGCGCUGUGCAAACGCACGCUCAACAUUGUGGAGAAGCUGAGCGAUAAAGUUGCGGACAAGCUGCGCUUCUACCUCAGCAAGGCAGAUGAAGCCGGGAGGGAGACGGACAGACAGCGUGUCAUGAUGCAGAUAGUUCAGGAACUGUGUCGCCGACCGGGGCUGAACAAGUGUGGCUUUGAGAUGCCCACCAUAUACAUCCCUAACCCCCAGAAGCCGAGCCGGUGUGUGAACCAGAUCGACGGAGUGUGUCAGACGAUAGAGAAGACCAUCAACCAGGCCGUCCAGAAGACACUGGACCAGCUGGAGAAGGACUGUGACCUCAUCUCCUCCACAAUCGACAGCAAAUUGUCCCAGGACAGGGCGGACGUGAGUUUCAACAGCAGUGUCCGUCUGCACUCCUUCCUGUGUGGGGCACUGGGCAUCCUACUGCCGUGCCUUUUCAUCCUCAGCUUCGUCGUCAACACCCUGACUCCAGAGGAGCUGCAGGAGCUGCUGGGAGAUGGGCUGGCCAAAGCCCUUGGGCUCUCCAUGGGUGUAGUUGUCUUUCUGUGGACCUGGAUACCAGAGGAUUUCCAGAUAUUGUUUGUGAUCAUAUUUGGUGUACUCUGCUACUUUUUCUUUUGUCUUGCCAAAUAUUUUGCCCGCCAAGGGAAUAGGACUCUUACGAAGAAGGAGAAGAGAAGCCUCACAGAGUACAGCGAUUACGUCCAGGAUGUCGUCAAAGCCAAGAAGGGAAAACUAUACGAGGAGUAUCUCGCGCAGUGUGCUGCUGAAUAUGACUUCUGAUAAGGGGCGGGCGGAUCCAUCGGAAAUCUACAUGCCGGACUUUCUCCUUGAUUGUUAUGUAGGACGUCUUCGUAAGUCUUUUCCUAAUCACACUGAUCAAGGGCUCACAUGCCUAGGAUUGCACAAUUUGGGAAGCUUUCUGGUACAUUUAUAUGCCACUGGGCGGAGGGAGAAGUAUUUAUUUCUGUAAUAAAACUCUUUCUGAUUGGCUGGGCCUGGCUCCACAGUGUGUGGGCCUAUGCCCUCCCAGGCCCACCCAUGGCUGCGCCCCUGCCCAGUCCUGUGAAAUCUGUAGAUUAUGGCCUAAUUUAUUUAUUUCUAUUGACUGAUAUCCUUAUACCAACUACAACUGAGUCAAAUCUUUGAAAUUGUUGCAUUUUGCUUUCAUAUUUUUGUUCAGUGUAUAACUCAAUUUGUGAGAUACAGUAUAUAACUGUGAGAGAAAUAUAAAGUGCCUUUUCUAUUUGGAAAACUGUGAUUUAAGAAGUAUCUCAAUCUGAAAUUUCUCGUGACUUUUUCAGGAUGUGUAUGUAUUUACAUCUGAAAGCAUGUAUGGGACUGUUUACUUGUUUAUAGGCUACCUUUCUUAAAUGACUCUCUUAAGCUAAAAAGCAAACAAUUUGCUGGCAGGUGUUUCUUGAUGUCUUUUUUUGAAACAUCUUAGAUUCUAAUGUUUGAACGUGCUUGGGGGAUCCUUUGACAUUUUGUAAUGAAUAUGUUGUAUUACAAACUACAGUAUCAAUAGAAGUGUCUAUUCUGGACAAUAAUUAUUAUUUAUUUUUUCUAUGGGAAUGCAAAGGUAGAGAUGAUCAUGACGUGAGAACACUGUGUGUGUGGCAGGGAAUGCUAUUUUAUGGCAAUAUAUGGAGACACACCAACUCUAUUUUAAAAGGCCAGACUUUUUUUUACCAGACUGCUUCCACAUGGUUAGCAAAUUAAAUAGAA